ACUUAUAAAGAAAAUGAAGAUUCUACGAAUACAUAUAAAUUUAAUUCGAUGUAGUGGCAGCCAUUUUAAAUUAUAUUAUAGUUAUUUGUAAUAUCCUUGUUAAGACAAAUAUUUAUUAUAUUUUAUUAUAGAAUGAAUUAUCUUUGAUGUUUAGACAAUUAAAACAAUAUAUAUUCAUAAGUACAAUAUAUUGAUAUACAUUUCAUUUAGUUAUUGUCGCUACAUUAAAGUUUGAAGUUAAAUAUAAUGAGUUUUUUUGGAUUUGGCCAAUCAGCCGAAAUAGAAGUUAUUUUAGAUGGACAAGAUUCAAGAAAAACUGCAGAAGUCAAAACUGAGGAUGGUAAAAAAGAAAGACUGUAUUUGUAUUAUGAUGGUGAAACAAUAUCGGGAAAGGUGAAUGUGAGUUUGAAGAAACCAGGUACUAAGUUGGAACAUCAGGGUAUUAAAAUCGAGUUCAUUGGUCAAAUUGAAAUGUUUUAUGAUAGAGGAAACCAUCAUGAGUUCAUAUCUCUUGUUAAAGAACUGGCAAGACCAGGUGAUAUGAUUGCAAAUUCAAGUUAUCCAUUCGAAUUUAGUAAUGUAGAGAAGCCAUUUGAAGUGUAUACAGGUACUAAUGUAAGAUUGCGCUACUUUUUGAGAGUAACGAUUAUUAGAAGAUUAGCUGAUAUAAUGAAAGAAAUUGACAUAGCUGUUCAUACCCUAUCAAGUUAUCCAGAAAUGAAUAAUUCUAUCAAAAUGGAAGUAGGCAUUGAGGACUGUCUGCAUAUUGAAUUUGAAUACAACAAAUCUAAAUAUCAUUUAAAGGAUGUUAUUGUUGGAAAAAUAUAUUUUCUAUUGGUUCGGAUAAAAAUUAAACAUAUGGAAAUUGCCAUAAUAAAAAAAGAGACUACAGGAUCUGGACCUCAUAUAUAUACAGAAAAUGUUACUAUUGCAAAGUAUGAAAUUAUGGAUGGAGCCCCAGUAAGAGGAGAAAGCAUUCCAAUCAGGGUAUUUCUGGCAGGGUAUGAUUUAACUCCUACUAUGAGAGAUAUCAACAAAAAAUUCUCUGUUCGAUAUUUUUUAAAUUUAGUAUUAAUGGACACUGAAGAUAGAAGAUAUUUUAAACAGCAGGAAAUCACUCUUUGGAGAAAAGGUGAUAAACUUCGAAAGCCCAACUUACAAAGCCCAGCUAUAAUGGCAGGUACACAGAAUCUUCAGAAUACUGCUCAGCAGUACCAGCAUCAAACAGCAGGUGAUAAUGAUAAUAAGACAACUGUUAAAGAGGACUUCCUACGUGCACCUAGUUCUCAAUCGAAUGACAAGCUCAACGAAUCGGCAGAUCCGUUCGACCAACGAGUUUCUUCGCCAACAGAAAGUCCAGAAAAUAUGAUUCAAAACAUGACCCGAGAAGCGGGUGAUGGACAAAAUGAUAGCAGCAAUGACCAAGUGGAGUGAUAUAAAUAUAGAAUAUCUGGUAGAAAAGUGACUAAGUUGUUGGAAUUAAUGAAAUGGUUAUUUUUAAGGCCGGAAGUGUCGACGAAUAAUGUGCACGUAAUUUGUAAAUAAACUAAUUGUUAUUAUAUUACAGUUAUAUUGAACUGUCUGUAUAUGAAGCAAAUUUAUUAAUUAAUUUACAUAUUUUAAUUUUAUUGUAUAUUUCUCAUUUAGCUCAUUAAAAAAAGUUAAGGA